AUGUUUCAUGCAAAAGUUCAACAAGUAAAUAUUGUUACGUCAAGUGAAGAUGAAAACCAUGAAAUAGAUGAAAACCAUGACAAAUUAUUAGCUGAAAUAACUGCUAUGGGAAAUGAAAAGAAAAAAAGAAAAAUACCAGUCAGAACAGAGCCAAGUCCUAAUGUGUCUGAUUUCGGAAUUUCAGCUGGCUCAGGCAAGGGACAAAAAAUUGUAUUCCAAGACCUUGUGGCUUCUAUUAAGAAAUCCAAAAAACUUAAAAAUAUUAAAGAUCAAUUGAACACAGUUAAAGUCGAUCAAAGCGUGGUUGAACCGCCUAUACCUAAACCCCAAUUGGAAAGAUUUCAAAGGACAGUUCUAUAUCAAGACACAUCGAAAGAUAUCUCGAAAUGGACUGAUACAAUCAGACAAAAUCGCAAAGCUGAACACUUAUCCUUUCCGCUAAAUCGCUAUCGACCGACGAAAUCGUCACUUUCUACAGAUUCUGUUCAAUUCAAGGUUAGUACGCCAUUGGAACAAGAAAUUGAGACAAUCCUUAAUAAAAGCAAGAAAAAUAUUGAAUCGCGAAACAAAGAGUUGACUGAAGCUGAGGAAGAAGCUUUAAAAACCAUGGACUUAGAAGAGGCAAAAGAGCGAUUGGCCGAACUGAGAAAAAUGCGAGCUUUGCAAUCCCAUUAUGAGCAAAAAUGCAAAAGACAAAAGAAAAUUAAGAGUAAAAAGUACCAUAGAAUUAAGAAAAAGGCAGAAAAAAAAAAACUUACCAAGAUGUCAAUGGAGGAGUUAAUGAAACAAGAUCCAGAAACAAUCAAGGAUGAUUUAGAAAAGGAAGAAAGAGCAAGAGCCCUGGAACGUGUUUCUUUAAGGCAUCGAAAUACCUCCAAGUGGGCGAGAUAUUUAGCUGCCAAAGGCCGUAACAAUCCUGAGACUCGUAAAGCACUCACUGAACAAUUGAAGAAAAGCCGUGAACUUACAGAGAAGAAAGAAUUUGAUCUAAAUACAGCCAAGGAAGAUGAAAAUGAUCGAGAUAGCCCUGAUGAAAACAAUGUGGAUUUAACAAAAAUUAUUAAUCCUAACCAAUAUAAUCCAUGGUUAGCUUCAACAAAUAGCUCUAAGCAAGAAUCGUCACAUAAAGAUGUAAAUACAACUGUACAAAGUAAACAACCAGCCCUUGAACCUCGUGCUAUUGAAUCUGAUAGUGACUAUUCUAGUGUAACAGAUGACAACGACGAUAUCGACAUCACAAAAACUAAUCCUGAUCAGAAUAAAUUGGACGCCAAAAAUGAACUAGAUGAGUUUGCAAUAGAUGACGAUGUGGAUAAUAAUAGCAUUGAUCAGCAGGAUGCACAGCCCAAUAUUACCUCUGCUAAGGAGACAAAUUCAAAGAAGAGUAAAAAAUCUUUUCACAUAACUGAAGAAGCAUCCAUUAAUCCUAAUAAAUUUUUAAUUCUUGAAGAUCGUAGCAAGAAUGCAUUAAAUUUCACUUAUGAUGGCAAUGAUAGUGAAGACAGUGAUGAUUCAAUUGUAAACAAUCAACUUAAUGUAGAACAAGCUUUUGAAGAUGACGAUGUAAUUGAAGAAUUUCUAAAAGAAAAGGAAUUAUCGAAAGAAGCUUCUAAACCAAAGGAGACCGAUUUGAGAUUACCUGGUUGGGGAGCUUGGAGUGGUGCUGGAAUUAAAAAACGUAAAAAGAAAACCAAGCCUGUACCUCCUCCUCCCCGUCGACAAGAUGAUCACUUGAAGAAUGUCAUCAUUAAUGAAUCUGUCGAUGAAAGAUUUACAAAGCAUCAAGUUACUCAGUUACCCCAUUCUUGUAGAAAUUAUAGAGCUUGGAAUAAUACAAUGAAUAAACCUAUCGGACGACAUUGGAACUCUCAAUCUACGGUAGAAAAAUUGACACGACCUCGUAUUUCCACGUUAAUGGGAACGAUAAUAGAUCCUAUCAAGCCACCUAAAACAAUUAAUAAGAAUAAGAAAGCCAAAGAUUCGUCCAGUAGUACUAGCUUAAAAAUCUAUUAA